CACUUUAAUACAGCCAAAGUUCAACUGACACUGAAUAGUUUUUUUUUGUUUUUGUUUCUGUGUUUGCCAACUCAUCAUUGUUGAAUUUGAAUUUUUUGUAUUUCGUUUUUAUCCAAAAUAUUAAUCUUUGAAAAAAAAUCAUGUCUCAUUUUGAUCGAACAUAUGAUUCAAGUCCAUCAGAAUCAUCGGAUACAUUACCAAGUCCUACUGAUGAACAACAACAACAAACAAUGGAACCAUCAACAUUAUUAACAAAAAAUAUAUCAUUAAUCGAUAUAAUUAAAUAUCAUAAAUGUUCAAUACAUCAUCAAGAUGCUGAAGCAUCAAUUGCUGAUGCAACUGAUUGUUUGCGUAUGAUUACCGGUAAAAUGGAAUGGUUUCAACGAAAACAUAAAUUUUGUCCACAUUUAUUUUCGGAUGAAGAUCAACAACAAAUUCAAUCAUUACAUCAACGACUGAUAAUUGAAGAGAUACCAUUUUUAGAAUUACAAGAACGUUUUCGUAAUGGUCUUGAUGUUGAUAUACCACAUGAAUUACAAGGUCGUAUUGCAUUAGUUUGUCAAAAAUUUGAUGAAUUAAAACAACAUUUUGAUAAACUUUUAUCAAAUGUUGAUCAUUUAUCAUCGAUACCAAUCAUUGAAACUACUAAUAGUUCAACAACACCAUCUUCAAUGAUCAAUACAGGUUCUAUUAUUGAAGUUUGAUAUAUUUUAUUUUAUUUUUAUCGUUAUAAAGAAAGAAAGAUUAUUCUUCUAUACAUUAUUGUUGUUAUUAUUAUUGAUUUGAUUAUAAAGAUGUUUAUCAAAACAAAAAAAAACUUUACAAUAUAUAACUUAUGCCAAUCAAUUACA